AUUCUCUGCGGAUCUUCUGCGGACGUGGCGAGCGAAUAAACCUCCAAAAUAGCUGUAUUUUUGGCCUCUGAGAGGCCUGAUUCACUGUAAAAUAAGAUUUGAUAGUCAAAAUGGUUCUACUCGCUGCAGCAAUAUGUACGAAAACAGGGAAAGCCAUUGUAUCACGUCAGUUUGUGGAGAUGACAAGAUCCCGUGUGGAAGGCCUUCUUGCUGCAUUUCCCAAAUUGAUGAAUACUGGAAAGCAACACACAUUCGUUGAAACCGAGAGCGUCAGAUAUGUCUACCAGCCCCUAGAGAAACUCUACAUGCUCCUUAUUACGACUAAAGCUAGUAACAUCUUGGAAGACUUGGAAACAUUACGACUCUUCUCCAGAGUGAUUCCAGAAUACUGCAAAGCAAUGGAGGAAUCUGAGAUUGUGGAAAAUGCAUUUUCGCUAAUCUUUGCCUUUGAUGAGAUUGUUGCCCUUGGCUAUCGUGAAAAUGUUAAUCUUGCACAAAUCAGAACAUUCACAGAGAUGGACAGUCACGAAGAGAAGGUGUUCCGUGCUGUAAGGCAGACACAAGAACGUGAAGCUAAAGAAGAGAUGAAAAAGAAAGCCAAGGAAUUACAAGCAGCAAGAACAGCUGCUGCUCGUGGCAAGGGUGGCAAGGGACAGUUAGCUGGAUUUGGAGGUUUUGGUGGAGGAGGUCGUGAUUCAAGUAUCCCAGUGGCUAAUGAUGUCACAGUUAUUGAUCCCACACCUCCUAAACCAUCUUAUCCCACAAGAACGGCUGGCACUGGAAAGGCAAUGAAAUUAGGGAGCAAAUCAAAGGAUGUGGACAGUUUUGUGGACAAACUAAGAUCAGAGGGAACAGAGGUAGUAACUUCCAAGACAAAAUUAUCUUCAACUGGAAAGACUCCAACAACACCAUCUGUUCAAAUAGGAAGUGUUCAUAUUAAGAUUGACGAGAAGAUCACACUGACAGCUGGAAGGGAUGGAGGACUACAGAACAUGGAGGUCAGAGGUCUUGUGCUGCUCAGAGUGUCUGAUGCACAGUAUGGGAAAAUAAGACUCACUGUUGAAAACAAUGAUGACAAAGGAUUCCAAAUGCAGACGCAUCCAAACAUAGACAAGAAAUUAUUCAAUCAAGAAUCAGUAAUAGGACUCAAGCAACCAAACAAACCUUUCCCACUUAAUAAUGACAUUGGUGUAUUAAAGUGGAGACUGCAGAGCACAGAUGAGGGACUAAUGCCAUUAUCAAUCAACUGCUGGCCUUCGGAAAAUGACGAACAGUGUGAUGUUAACAUAGAGUAUGAGCUUCUCCAAGAAAAUCUGGAGCUGAAUGAUAUUGUAAUUUCAAUUCCUGUUCCGUAAGUAGUCAGUUAUCUUUUUUUGUAAAUAAGUUAGCAUUGUAUUUGUGAA